AGGGGCUUUGUGCAAAGACCAGAGCAUGGUAAAAAGGGCCCAAAAGGAGGUGGUGCCAGAGAUUCCUUCUGCCCAAAGUUUGGUCCAUUGGAGAUGCACAUCCCAACAGCUAACCCUUUGGAUGGAUGGAUAAAGCUUCUACACUCUGUUUUUGAAAGUAAUUGACCAACAGAACAUGAGGCAAGGAAGAGUUCUGAGAUUAUCAGCUGCUUUGGGCUGAGCAUCAUCAUCUUUGCCCAAGUGGAUUUAGGCUUCCAAGACAGGCCUUCAGACAGUCCAAUGGCAGACCAAAGGAUGGACAUAUCUUCUACAAUUAGUGACUUUAUGUCACCAGACCCUGCUGACUUGAUCUCCAGUUCCCUUAGCACUUCAGGAAUGGACUGUAAUAGGAAAAGAAAGGGAAGCUCAACUGAUUAUCAACUCGAUGGCUUUCCUUUUGAGGAAGGUAUGGAUACAGAUAAAGAUGACCAACAUGGAAGAUUGGAGUAUGCAGACCAACAAGGCAGGAUAAAAAAUGCAAGGGAGGCUCACAGCCAGAUCGAGAAGAGGCGCAGGGACAAGAUGAACAGCUUCAUAGACGAGCUGGCCUCGCUGGUGCCCACGUGCAACGCCAUGUCCCGCAAGCUGGACAAGCUCACCGUGCUCAGGAUGGCUGUCCAGCACAUGAAAACACUUCGUGGUGCUACAAACCCAUAUACAGAAGCAAACUACAAGCCUGCUUUUCUAUCAGAUGAUGAAUUAAAACAUCUUAUUCUCAGGGCAGCAGAUGGAUUCCUUUUUGUUGUGGGCUGUGACAGAGGAAAGAUACUGUUUGUUUCAGAAUCUGUCUUCAAGAUCCUCAACUACAGUCAGAAUGAUUUGAUUGGUCAAAGUUUAUUUGAUUAUCUCCAUCCUAAAGACAUUGCCAAAGUGAAGGAGCAGCUCUCUUCUUCUGACACUGCGCCACGAGAAAGACUUAUAGAUGCAAAAACCGGACUCCCGGUCAAGACGGACAUCACGCCCGGGCCCUCGCGGCUCUGCUCCGGGGCACGGCGCUCCUUCUUCUGCAGGAUGAAGUGCAACAGGCCCUCUGUCAAGGUAGAGGACAAGGAUUUCCCUUCAACCUGCUCAAAGAAGAAAGCAGACCGCAAAAGCUUUUGCACUAUUCAUAGCACAGGCUACUUAAAGAGCUGGCCUCCAACAAAGAUGGGCCUGGAUGAAGACAACGAGCCCGACAACGAGGGCUGCAACUUGAGCUGCCUCGUGGCCAUCGGGAGGCUCCAUCCCCACGUGGUGCCGCAGCCGGCCAACGGCGAGAUCCGGGUGAAGCCCACCGAGUACGUGUCCCGGCACGCCAUCGACGGCAAGUUCGUCUUUGUAGACCAGAGGGCAACAGCCAUCCUGGCAUACUUACCCCAGGAACUUCUAGGUACUUCGUGUUAUGAAUAUUUUCAUCAAGAUGAUAUAGCACAUCUCGCAGAAUGUCACAGACAAGUUUUGCAGACAAGAGAAAAAAUUACAACUAACUGCUACAAGUUUAAAAUAAAAGAUGGCUCUUUUAUUACGUUGCGGAGUCGCUGGUUCAGUUUCAUGAACCCUUGGACCAAAGAAGUAGAAUACAUUGUCUCCACAAACACAGUCGUUUCCACCACGGUCCUGGACAGCGGGGACGCGGCCUUUCCCCAGCUGGCAGCGUCCCCACACAGCAUGGACAGCGUGCUCCAGGCUGGAGAAGGUGGCCCCAAAAGGACCCAUCCCACUGUGCCUGGAAUUCCAGGUGGAACAAGAGCUGGGGCAGGUAAAAUAGGGAGGAUGAUUGCUGAAGAAAUCAUGGAGAUUCACAGGAUAAGGGGAUCAUCACCUUCCAGCUGUGGCUCAAGUCCCCUGAACAUCACCAGCACCCCCCCACCCGACACAUCCUCGCCAGGAGGGAAGAAGAUCUUGAAUGGUGGCACUCCAGACAUUUCUUCAGCUGGGCUGCUGUCUGGGCAAGUCCAGGAUAAUUCUGGGUACCCGUAUUCCGACAACUCCUCUAUCCUGGGGGAGAACUCCCACAUCGGCAUGGACAUGAUCGACACGGAGCAGGGCUCCAGCAGCCCCAGCAACGACGAGGCGGCCAUGGCGGUCAUCAUGAGCCUGCUGGAGGCCGACGCGGGGCUCGGCGGCCCCGUGGACUUCAGCGACCUGCCCUGGCCCCUGUGAGCCAGCCACGGCCAGCAGCCCACAGCCAAGUGCUUUACUGGGCAGCUCUGCCCUCUGGGAAACUCGUGGGACUGAGAGGCUUUUAUGUGGGAACUUCAUAAAAGCUGUGUCAGAAUGCAACUCAUCCUACCAUGUGUAACUUCAGACAAAGUGGAAUAACCUGCUACAGUGUUCUGUGUUGAUUUGGUUAGCUGUGUAUAGCUUGCAAUACUUGUAUAUUUUGGAUUCUGUUGUUUGAAAUUUUUUUUUAAAUCACUGUGCAACUCACUGGCAUCAGUGGUAGCUUUUAUAUGCAAAUGACCAUUUCAGAUGUAUGGUGUGUUUUUACACUGCAAAACAGUCCCCAUGUGGAUAUUUCUUAUACUAAUUGUACCAUAAAGCUGUUUAUUCUUUCUUGUAAGAAUCCUUUACUAUAAAUAUUGUUAAAGUGUAAUGUAUUAGACAGUUAAAUAUUUUUAAAAUAAAUGUUUCCCUUGUUCUAAGAUGGAGCAUUUACUUUGAUAAAUAAAUUUGAUAAAACCCUGCUGAAGGUGCAUGCUAG